GUACUACUGCCGUGUAGUUUCUUCCUCUCCAAGAAACUACAAUCUCUCUUCCUUUUAAUUAGUACUCAUCCCUAUCAAACUCAUUAGAAAAAGAAAAAAAAUUCAGAAAAAGGGAAAAAAAUCAGAAAAGAAAAAGCUUUCGACUAAUUCAGAAAUGGUGGAACUAGAAAGAGAAGACAUUGCUGCUGCUUUACUUCUUUCUUGGUUGAAAUACACUGCUGUUAGUGAGCAAGAUGUCCAAAAUCUGGCCACCAUUUUUUAUGAGCAAAGAGUCCAGGAAAUUGCAAAAAUCAAAAAGAAAAAUUUCAAAGCCAAUCCCAAAAAAGAUUCGAAUUUCACCCUCUACAUUGACAAAUUUACCAAAAUUACCCCCAGUUCAGAAUUUGAGAGGAAUAAUUGGUACUAUAUGUAGUGAUCCAUUUGAGAAGCAAUUGACAAAAUCUGAUGUUGAUGAGCAUCAGGGGAGGCUAUUAUUAAACAAUGAAGAUGUGAGGAGUAAAUUGUUACCAUUAUUAAAUGGUAAAAAUGGUGAAAAUCUGGCUCAUGGUGUAAAAGUUACAACUUUUGAUCAAUUGUGCAAUUCUUAUAAGAUGAAUUUCAAGACUUGGGGAAAUUACAGAAGUUAUGUUCUUUUAGGAAGUUGGAGACAGUUUGUUAAAGAUCAUAAGUUGAAGGAAAAUGAUCAUGUUACUGUUUGGAUGUUUAGACAUAAUCAAACUAAUAGCCUUUGCUUUGCUAUAACUUGGAAAAGAAAUUUUAGCAAAGAUAGGUAGAGGGGCGGGCCCAUUAUCCUAAGGUGGGGGACCAUUAUCCCGAGUUUCGAAGGCUUUUUCGAUCCUGAGGUUGACUCCAGAUGAAUUUCUCGGUCAUGUUGAAGUAACUAUAUAGUAGUAUUAGUCUAACAAUUGAUUAGUCAUUAGAGUAUUUUAAUUUAUUAGUUAGUGAUUAUCUAGAAGGUGGAAGUAAUAGUAUUAUG